GCAUCGCACUCCCGCAGCUCCGGGCGCAAUGAGCAGUGUCUCACCCGUUGAAUCGUGUCGGUCUUUUCGGCGAUGACGAAUCACGUGCAUUAUUUAAUUUGAAGUGAUUCAUCUCCCGUUGUCAGUGGAUGCAAUUUCAACUAUGGAAAGCCCGUCGAAUUCUUUCUCAACGUUAGCUGAUGUGACAGUGUCACCGGCGUUUUCGUCGUCUUCUUUGUUUGCUUCAACUCCAACAAGGAAAAGGCCCAGGAAUAAGAAGAACUUGUUGAACGACAAGACCAAGUUCAAGAAACCGCGUCUACCGCCGGCAGGCCCACCCAAAGCGACUUGUGCAACCUGUGGUAAAGAAUACAGGUCCCUAAGCUACUAUGACAAACACAUCAAAAUGCAUGUGCUAAAAGAUGCUGCUGCUAGGGUCCCUGAUAUCAAUGUGUUGCAAUCAAAAUCAAGAACAAUUGGACGCAAUGCUCUAACAACACUGAAGAAUAAUCCUGCAGUUGGGAAGUACGGACAGCAAUACAACAAACUUAUUGAAGAUUUAUUACAGAGUGACGACUUGGAAGAAUGGCAGAAUUUUAUCACGUUUCUUAGCAAGCAAUUUACGGCUCAGUUGGUUGGCAAGUCUAUAACUUUGCCAUCUGCCAUGUUGUCAAACGCUCUCAUGGAUGUAGAAAAAAUAACAUCUAGUUUUUCUAUCCGCACUCAAUGUUUGGAAAUGCUAAGUUCUUUGCCAUGUACUUCUGUUUGCAGCUCCCAGGUUUUGUGUAUAUUUUUUAGUGAUUUUGUUUUUAAUUUCUGUGACCAAUUUCUAAUUUUACUGUCAAGAACUCUAAGAAAUGCUGAUGAGGUGGUGAAUUCUGUGCACAGUGUUAAUCUUGAUGAGAAGGAUAGGAGAACUAUUCACAAUGUAGCAGGAGCUUCAGUGAAGGGUUUUGUAAGGUUUGGUAGAAGGUAUCCCAAAAACAAAUAUUGGAUUGCUGUACUUGAAUGUUUGAAAGCAAGGGUGAUAGAAAACCCUGAAAUAGCGCCUGCCAGUGAUUCAGAUCGUGCAUGGACUGAAAUUUUGAGUAAAGGAGCUCUCACAUUUGUAGGAAAAGAACCACUGGAAUUUUUUCUUAGUGUAGCAAAAAUUAUUUCGAAGACUGAUUUUGAGAAUGCCAGCAGGGCACUCCCUCAUGAUUCCAUAAUAGAAUGUGUAUUUAAAGGGGAAAGUAAGUAUAUUUGGGACUCUAUUAUUGGUAACUUCUUAAAGGAAGAUUGGUCACUGUUACUGAUGCAAGCAAUUACAAAGUCUUUCACCCAUACUUAUGGUAGAGGUGUAGCAAUGAAACUUAUCAAUGCUGCAAGCAAAAACAAACCUUUCUGCGCAGUGCCUCUAAGACCAAGUUUAGCCCCUCGUGGCCCACUUCCCACAGCACCUGUAUGAUAAGUAUAUUGUAUGCAGUUUAUAAGUGAUAGUAGUCAUCAAUUAAUGACAACCAUUUGUUUUUCUUUGUAAUGUGGAAAAAAGUCAAAAACCACAUUUUGUAUUGUAAAGACCUUUAAUUUUGUUUCAAUAAACA